UUGUACCACUUCCACAUAACAGCAUGUACGAGAUUGAUUCAGGAACAUGCAUCUGGGUAGGAUCCGCACCAUUCUGCCCCCAGGACAUGGCAGACUAUUGCGAUACGAUGGAGACCCCCACAGGGGCAGUGAAUACUACCCGAGACCAUGAUAUAAAGGAUCUUCUUGAUCUGGGAUAUAUCACACAAGACUGUUACGAUGACUAUGGGGGUGGCUGUUGGGAUGACGGAUGGAAGACUCUCUGGUGCGAGGGGGCGUGGCCUCAGUGUAGUGGAUAAAGACAGGCCCCUAAAGCUUUGGUUGAUGGUAGGUCAAUUGAGAAUUAGUUUUUAUUUUCCACUGUUCUCUUUAAUUUUUACCUAUUUUAAAUUUAUUUCUUUUACUGGUGGUAACGAUCAGAUAGGGCUAUGUGGAGGGGGUUUUUUUUUGAGCAUCUUGUGUCAAUUGCGGAGCUUCCAGGCUCCAGGUUACUUUGUCAACGGAGAUGGUUUGUUGGGACUCGUAUAUUUUCAUCUAUCCAUCCAAUAUGUACACAAAACUUCAGAAUGUGGCACGCAAUUUCAGCGAGAAAUGAGGAGAUAUGAGAUAAGACAGGAUAAAGGUGGAAGAAGUAAAAGCAAGAUAGCAUCUAGAUUCAUGUCUUUCCUCGUAAUCCGGGUACAUGUCGCUAGGUAUGUAUGGUUAGAGGCUAAGGGAAGCAGCAUAAGAUAAGGGUAGAUGUGCUAGUGAGCUCAUCCGAUGUGGAAUAGACACAAAACACCGCUCAUGGAAGAUGUAUCUCGCAUCAAGAUAGUUAAAUAGUGGAAGGGUGAAAGCGUAGUAUGAGUGGCAGAUGGGUAUGGCAGCUUGAAUAAUCGAGGCGAACAGAAAAGAGGGGUAUCUAUUAAA